AUGCAGGCAUCUUUGAACUCCUCGCCGCACGCGUCCACAGGCGCGAGCCCACACCGGCAGAUGUUCGGUGUUGACCUCCGCAUGCCGUGGAACCUCCUCCGGCAGGCCGUCGUUGGGUCACCUCAGGCCGAACGCCAGGAUGCCGACGAAUGCACCAAGUACGCGGCAAUGGUCAUGAAGAAGCGCCACGACAGCCGGCACCAGCCAAUCUUCUUCAACAAAGACGACUCCGUGUAUCUUCGCCUACAGCAAGGGGUAGAGCCAGGCUACAAACUCCCUUCGAAAGACGUGACCAAGAAGUUGACCCAACGACACAUGAGCAUCACCCUUUCCUAA